AUGGAGGGAUGGAUGAGGUGCAUAGAAAGGUUAAACGGUAGGGAGAAAGGAGGAGAAGAGGAGAGAGGGGAUAAUGAGACGUUGAAAUGGUGUAAUAUAAUAUUUGUGGUAGUAUUUAUUUCUGUGACCUCUUUAAAAUUUGCCAAUCCUAUUCAGAUUAGUUGUUUAACUCACUCUGCAGAUAAACCAUACAACUGUACUCGAUGUUCAAAAGCCUUCAAAACGCCAUUGCAAUUAAAGAAACAUGAAACAGUUCACACUGGAGCUGAACCACAUCAAUGUGCUGUCUGUGGAAGAACUUUUAGAGAAAAAGGUACAUUAAGAGAGCAUCACAGAAUACACACUGGAGCAAUGCCAUUUACAUGCGAAUUUUGUGGCAAAUGUUUUCGCUUUAAAGGAAUACUGACUACACACAGAAGUCAACAUACGGGUGAACGUCCGUAUAGUUGUUUAGAAUGUCAGCAUCAUUUUACAAAUUGGCCAAACUACAAUAAACACAUGAAACGUAGACAUGGAAUCAAUACAUCACAUACCAAACAUUUAUCACAAUCACAACAAUCAGAAUCGCAACAAUUACAUCAACCGCAGCAACAAUCAGAACAGUCACAAACAGUUCAAUCAAAUACAUCCGAAGAUCCUCUUCCCGUGUCUCCGACGGAAUCACCAACUGUUCAAAAUGUACUGUAA